GAGUGCAUAACAGGUAACCAGCGAGGGUAAUGUGUCGGUUUUCCCUCACGUUUUGCCGUCCAAACAUAACCUAGCAAUACUUGCUCGCUGGAAACAUUUACGUGUUUCCCACUGUUGAUGUAAAAUCGCAGUAGGAGCCGCAAAUGAACGUGUGUGUGUGUGUGUGUGUGCGCGCAGCUUUUGUCAACGUCCGGUUUGAGCUUUCGACGCUGGAGGGCGGUAGGAACCCUUUCGAUCUUCUAUCACUGCUGACCAGCGCAACUAGCGUGAGAGGAGCAAAUAAAUAAAGACAAGAAACAUCUGAAACACAAUGAGUGUUGACGUGAAGAAACUGAAAGUGAACGAAUUGAAAGAGGAGCUCCAGCGCCGCGGCCUGGACACCAGAGGCCUGAAGGCAGACCUGGUGGAGAGGCUGAAAGCCGCUCUGGAGGCUGAGGCUCAGGCGGAUGCCUCAGAGCCAGGGGAGCAGGAGGAUGAGCAGUGCCAGGACUAUCGAGACACCGAAGAAAACGAAGAUGGAGAGGAUGCCCAAGCGCAACAAGAGGCAUCUGAGGAUUACGGUGAUGAUGAUGGGGAUGGUGAAGGUGAUGUCCCUGAAGAGGAAGAUGAAGGUAGAGAUUCAGGUGGUUACUAUGAGGAAGAGGAGGCAGAUGGCGAGCCUUACGAAAGUCAACCAACUUCAGAUUCGGGUCAUAGCAUGCCUGACUUCACAGCAGAUGUCGAUCUACACAAAUCUGAAAUGAUGUCUGAGGAACAGACCAAGCCUGUGCUGGAGCCAGAGGAGAACGUUGAGAACAAACAAGAAGUCAAAGUGGAAGUCAAAGUGGAAGAUGACCCUGAGGCUGCUGGAGAAAGACAGCAAGAUAUUCCAGAGACAGAACAGCAGCACGAACAAGAUGGUGCAGGUCAAACUGAGCAAGUCAAAGUGGAAGCUGAUAGGGGUGGACACUAUAGUCGUAAGAGACCAUAUGAAGAGAACAGGGGCUACGGCUAUUAUGAGCACCGUGAGGACAAGAGAUCCCGCACACCACAACCCCCUGCUGAAGAUGAGGAAGAGAACAUAGAUGACUCUCUUGUUACAAUUGAUACAUACAACUGUGACCUGCACUUCAAAGUGUCCCGAGAUCGCUACAGUGGUUAUCCAUUGACCAUCGAAGGCUUUGCUUACCUGUGGGCCGGAGCACGAGCUACACAUGGUGUCACCCAGGGUCGUGUGUGUUUUGAGAUGAAGAUCAAUGAGGAAAUUCCUGUGAAGCACCUGCCCAGUGGUGAGCCAGAUCCCCAUGUGGUCAGAAUUGGAUGGUCCCUCAACCACUGCAGCACUCAGCUUGGUGAGGAGCCCUUUUCCUUUGGAUAUGGAGGAACAGGAAAGAAAUCAUCUGACUGCAAGUUUGCAAACUUUGGCGAGAAGUUUGGUGAAAACGAUGUAAUCGGCUGUUACAUUGACUUUGACAGUGGCGAUGAGGUGGAGAUGGGCUUUUCUAAGAAUGGAGUGUGGUUGGGUGUGGCUUUCCGGACAACCAAGGAGGCGUUGGCAGGCCGUGCCUUGUUCCCUCAUGUGCUGGUGAAGAAUUGUGCUGUUGAAUUCAACUUUGGGCAGAAGCGGGAGCCUUACUUCCCCCCACCAGAGGGAUACACCUACAUCCACAAUCUAGGGAUGGAGGACAAGAUCAGAGGCACCAAGGGACCUGCCAGCAAAUCAGAAUGCGAGAUCUUGAUGAUGGUUGGCCUGCCUGCAUGUGGAAAGACUACUUGGGCCAUAAAACAUGCAGAGACUAACCCUGAGAAGAAGUACAACAUCCUAGGCACAAAUGCCAUCAUGGACAAGAUGAAGGUGAUGGGCCUGCGUCGCCAGAGGAACUACGCUGGGCGCUGGGACAUUCUGAUACAGCAGGCCACCCAGUGUCUGAACAGGCUGAUCGAGAUCGCUGCCCGCAAGAGACGCAACUACAUCCUGGACCAGACAAAUGUAUAUGGAUCAGCAAGGAGACGAAAAAUGCGUCCUUUUGAAGGUUUUCAACGCAAGGCUAUUGUAAUUUGUCCCACGGACGAGGAUUUAAAAGAACGAACAUUAAAGCAAACCAAUGAGCAGGGGAAGGAUGUGCCCGAUCAUGCUGUUUUAGAAAUGAAAGCCAACUUUACUCUCCCUGAGGAUUGCGACUUUCUGGAGGCGGUGGCGUUCGCUGAGCUGCAGCGAGAUGAGGCUGAAAAGCUUUUAAAGCAGUACAAUGAGGAGGGUCGCAAGGCUGGCCCGCCCCCUGAAAAACGCUUCGACAACAGGCAGGUCGGGUUCCGCGGCCGCGGCGGUGGUAGCUUCCAGCGGUAUGAUAACCGCGAUGGGUCCCGCGGUGGAUACCAGAAUCGCAGCGGAGAUGGCGGCAGCGGGUACAGAGGAGGCUACAAUCGUGGCAGCUAUAGCCAGAAUCGCUGGGGCAACAGCUACCGUGACGGAGGCUCUGAUGCACGCAGCGGAUAUAACCGCAACCAGCAGUCGGGAGGAAGCUAUAAUCGCCCGGCCCCUUACAAGGGAGGAUACAACCAGGGCUACAACCAGGGCUACAAUCAAGGGUACAACCAAGGCAGCUACAACCAGAAUUACUACAGCAGCUACAGCCAGUACCCAGGAUACAGCCAGAGCUACAGCCAGACACCUACCACUGGACAGACGUACAACCACCACCAGCAACAGCCACAACAGCAGCAGCAGCAGCAGCCGCAACAGCAGCAACAGAGCUACAACCAGCAAUAUCAGCAGUAUGCUCAGCAGUGGCAGCAGUACUACCAGAACCAGAACCAGUGGAACCAGUACUACAGCCAGUAUGGCAGCUACCCUGGACAGGGCAGCCAGGGCUCGUCUUCUGGUUCCCAGUAGCUUUGCCCUACAUCUGUACCUGCAUCUACUAUUGUCCUAAACACCUCUGACCUCUGCAGCAAAUCGAUUUUGUACAGUUCCACAUUACGUCACCAAACAUAACUGUCUUUGUCUGGUUUAACACAGUAUCCUUCAUUCCUCUCCAAUCAGUGUACACAUAAACUGUAUACAGUUUGAUGUCUUUUCAUUUUUUUACUGAAUGAAGUCUUAUCUAAGCAGUGACUGUGAGGUGGUAGAUGAUAGGUAUCAAAAGAUUUAAUGAAUGUUAUCUAUUAUGCAUUGAACGUGGAUGUCUGUUGAACUGCAAACUCCACAUUUCCUACAGGUUGAAGAGGUAAUUGUAUAUUUCUAGGAUGCAUAGCGUGAAAACAUGACAGGGCAGGAAAAAUACAGCAAAGCCUGAAUAAUUUUGCGUGUUUUGAGAAGCUUAAAGAACAAAAUGCAUGCUUUUUACCUUCAUGACUCUCUCCUUUGUCUUGCUUUUUGUUUUUCAGUUACCGAAUGAGAACAUUUUAUUUACUCCGGUAGAAUUCCUACAUAAUGGGACAUUUUUUAUAGGUGUUAAUACUGUAGUAUUUAAACGUUAACCCAGUCUUUGAUUGAGAAAAAUAUUUUGCCACUCUUGUUUAGUAGUUGUAUGUGCAGUUUUAUCACUUUGUGAUAGCUCUUCAUUGAGUCCAGUAGUUAAAUCCUGUUCUGUCAAACCCAUUUUUUUCUACCUGAAGAUGAAAAUCUGACUUUGACCAGUUACCCAAGUUGUCUUCUUGUCUUUAUACAAUAAAUGCAAUUGUAUA